UUGUGUCCCCCACACAAGUCUCCAACAAAGCCUUGUAGCUAUAAAUAUGGGACUCUCCAGCUUGCCUCAAAAUCAGCAAAGUUGGAAAACUUUCUACCAGUAGUAUUGAAUGUGAUCAAAGAGGAAGUUUAAUUGGUUUUUGUACUUGUGGGUCUGUAGAAAUUAAUAUUUCUGGUUUUGCAAAGAAAGAGAGAAAUGGAGACAAGAAGGCAGACUAACAAGGGAGAGGAGGGCAUGGGUGUAAGUACUGGUCAUGAAGAUACUGCUACUGCUACUACUGUUGAUUGGAGAGGCAGACCCUCUAACCCUGAGAAGCAUGGUGGGAUGAGAGCUGCUUCCUUUGUUCUUGGGCUUCAAGCAUUUGAGAUUAUGGGAAUUGCAGCAGUAGGGAACAACCUGAUAACAUAUGUGAUAAACGAGAUGCACUUCCCCUUGUCAACGUCUGCAAACAUAGUCACCAACUUUAUAGGGACUGUCUUCCUCCUCGCCCUUCUUGGUGGCUGCAUCUCUGAUUCUUAUCUUGGGAGUUUCUGGACCAUGCUCAUCUUUGGGUUUGUUGAGCUCUCUGGUUUCAUAUUGCUAUCAGUCCAAGCCCAUCUCCCCCAACUGAAACCACCCCAGUGCAACAUGGUAACAGAUGGAGAGCGUUGUGUAGAGGCAAAGGGUUUCAAGGCCUUUAUCUUCUAUCUGGCUCUCUACUUGGUGGCAUUAGGGAGUGGAUGUGUGAAGCCCAACAUGGUUGCCCAUGGGGCUGACCAAUUCAACAGGGACAGCCCCAAACAGUCCAAGAGCCUCUCCUCCUACUUCAAUGCUGCAUACUUUGCCUUCUCCAUAGGUGAACUUAUUGCCCUCACUGUCCUUGUUUGGGUGCAAACCCAUUCUGGCAUGGACGUCGGCUUCGGAGUCUCUGCAGCUGCCAUGGCAAUGGGGCUGAUCAGCCUGGUCUCUGGCACCCUCCUUUACAGGAAUAAGCCCCCUCAAGGCAGCAUCCUCACCCCCAUUGCACAAGUUUUUGUGGCUGCAAUUCUUAAGAGAAAGCAAAGGUGCCCACCUAGCCCACAUAUGCUUCAUGGGAGCCAGAACAAUGUGCUGGUUGGCAGCGUUGCCACGUCGAAAUUCAAGUUCUUGGACAAGGCCUGCAUCAAGAUCCAAGAUGGGAAUAAUGUGAAAGAAAGUCCAUGGAGACUAUGCACAGUGGCACAAGUUCAGCAAGUGAAGAUACUGCUAUCAGUUAUCCCGAUUUUUGCCUGCACCAUAGUCUUCAACACCAUUCUGGCUCAGAUGCAGACCUUUUCUGUCCAACAAGGGAGUUCUAUGAACACCCAGCUCACAAAAAACUUCCACAUCCCUCCAGCUUCCCUUCAAGCCAUCCCUUACAUUAUACUCAUCUUUUUAGUCCCUCUCUAUGAUGCUUUCUUCGUGCCUUUCGCAAGAAGAUUCACUGGAAACGUCUCUGGAAUCUCCCCUUUACAGCGAAUAGGUUUUGGCCUCUUCGUCGCGACGUUCUCCAUGGUGGCAGCUGCCAUUAUGGAGGACAAGAGAAGGAAUGCGGCGGUGAAUGAGAAAAAAAUUCUGUCCAUCUUUUGGAUCACUCCCCAGUUCCUAAUUUUCGGUUUAUCUGAAAUGUUUACUGCAGUUGGCCUCAUUGAGUUCUUUUACAAACAGUCCAGUACAGGGAUGCAGGCCUUUUUGACAGCCAUUACUUACUUCUCCUACUCCUUUGGAUUCUACUUUAGCUCUGUAUUGGUUUCUCUGGUGAACAAGAUCACCUCUAGUUCCUCUUCUGAUGGUUGGCUCAAAGACGAUGAUCUCAACAAGGACCGACUCGAUCUUUUCUACUGGUUGCUAGCAGUUCUGAGCUUCAUCAACUUCCUGAACUAUCUCUUCUGGGCCGGGUGGUGGUAUUCAUACAAGCCAUCUUCCUCUGUCCCACUUCAGAGUGAUGCUCAUGGGGAAGAAUUCAUGGGCCAAGGCUUCAACUCCUCAAAAAUUGUUGCAGAUGUUAAUAGCAUACCUUGAAUGUUUCUCUAUGCUCUCGUAUUGAUAUUAUAUAAACAUAUAUAUAUAUAUAGAUAAAACUCGGGGUUGUUUUAGGCUUAUAGUUUUUGUAAAGAUGUGAAGAAGAAUGGCCAUGAGGGGAGCUUGUGGGGGUGGUAAUAUUAUGUGGGUUUUCUCAUCUCCUUGCUGUUUAAGGCCAGUGUCUUGUCCUUGUUAAGCAGAUUUGAGAAAGCUCAAAUGGGGUGUUGAAGAUAUGUAUGUUUAAAGAGGAAAUUGAAGAUGAUGCACUUUCUUUUUUUGUUACAA